UCCCUAGCAUCACAAAAAACAUAAACAAUUUCUCAUGCAAUCUGUGUUAUGUGGCAAGACCAUAAUUUUGUAAUUAUAAUAAAUAUUUAAUCGUAAUCUGCAAACUAUUUUGUGAUCAAGUUAUUAAAAAAAGUCAACCUGUUUUUUAUUUCAUAUUCUAACAUGUAUCAGAGCCCAUUAUUACUCUUUAACCUCUAAUGACUUCUACCGAUAAACCUUGUAUAGCUUUUAGUAAGGUUUCUGUUACUAUCGGCCCUAAUCAAAAUUUAUUUAGUUCGCUUGUGCUAAAUAAAAUAUCAGGUAAAUAGUUAGCUCUUAUCAGAUUGUAGCAAAAGCACUGGCGAAAGUAUGCUGUUAAAAAAGUGACCUUUUAUUUCAUUCUGUUGUAAUCGUAUUUAUAAACAUGUUUUUAUACAGAAUUGAAAGAAUUUAAUCUGAAAAACGCAUCUUUCAAAUAUGAAGUAUAUGUGGCACAGCCUGAUUUAUAAAAACCGGAUUAGUCUUAGAUUAUUUAACAAUAUCUGCAGAAGUACAUCUCUUUGUGUACAAAAACACAACGACAAUAAUAACAAUGAACAUGAGACCACUUUCUCACAGAGACUGUUUUUUGGGGCUUCUAUUGCAACUCUGGUGGCUUACAAACUUUAUGAUUAUAAGAAAAAUUUAGCUUUUACUGAACAAGAGUCGUUACAUGAUAUUAAGGCUGGAAUUGCAAAGGAAGGUUUACCUUAUUAUUCUUUACAAGAUGUAUCUCAACACUGUAAUAAGGAUACUCGAAUAUGGGUGACUUACAAAGAGGGCGUUUACGAUAUUACAGACUUCAUAGAGGGUCAUCCGGGGGGCGACCAAAUCUUGUUAGCUGCGGGCAGCUCAGUUGAGCCCUUUUGGAUGUUGUAUGCAGUUCACAACAAUCCGCAUGUUUGGGAAAUACUAGAAACUCUAAGAAUAGGAAAUGUGACCAAGGAGGAUUCAGAAAAAUUGACCGAAAACAUGUCAGACCCCUAUAGCACUGACCCUAAACGACAUCCAGUACUAAACCCCGCCUCUGUCAAACCCUUCAAUGCCGAAACUCCACCUUUUCUUCUUGUACAACAAUUUAUCACACCUAAUGAACUGUUUUAUGUUCGCAAUCAUCUUCCGGUGCCUAAUAUAGACCCAGAGACUUAUGAGUUAGAAAUUGAAAUUGAGGGAAAAAAUAAAACCCUUACUUUUACAUUAGACGAGUUAAAAAAAUUACCUAGACACACUAUCACAGCUACGAUUAUGUGUGCGGGGAAUAGACGAAGCGAAAUGACUAAAGUAAAACCAGUCAAGGGGUUAGGUUGGGGGGCCGCAGCUAUCGGAAACGCAACUUGGACGGGGGUGCGAUUGAGGGACAUUCUAGCGAUGGCAGGGGUCGAUGAAGAUAACACCACUUAUAAACACGUACAAUUCGAAGGGAUUGAUUUUGACCCAACUGGAAAAACAUAUGGGGCUUCUAUUCCCUUUUGGAAAGCAACAAGUAAAAGAGGCGAUGUUAUUCUAGCAUAUGAAAUGAACGGAAUGCCUAUACCUAGAGAUCACGGAUUCCCAAUCAGAGUAAUAGUUCCAGGGAUUGUGGGGGCGCGAAAUGUCAAAUGGCUUGGAAGAAUUAUAGUGUCAGAAAAAGAAAGUGAUUCACAUUGGCAACAAAACGAUUAUAAAGGCUUUUCGCCAAGCACAGACUGGGAUACUGUCGAUUUUACAAAGUCACCCGCUAUCCAAGAAUUACCGGUGAUUUCAGCUAUUUGUCAACCCUCAGAGGGUGAAACUGUCCAGCUUGAGGAUGGUCAAAUUUUAGUUAAAGGUUACGCCUGGUCUGGAGGGGGCCAAAAAAUAGUUCGAGUUGAUGUAACAAUUGACGAGGGAAACAGUUGGCAUGUGGCUAAUCUAGAUCACCAAGAUUCAGCAGACCCGCCUCAGCAUUGGAGUUGGACUUUAUGGUCGGUUCGAAUUCCGGUUAAACCGGGAACAAAAAGCGUCCAAAUAUGGGCCAAAGCUGUUGAUUCCUGCUACAACACUCAACCUGAAUCAUUCAAAAACAUCUGGAAUCUCCGCGGAGUCCUCAGCAACGCCUACCAUAGGUUAACAGUGAAGUUGCAGUAAAACUAUGUUUUUUAAAAGAAAAUAAAUAUUUUUGAGCUUUACUACUGUUAAUGUUAAAUAAUGUAUAAGAACAUCAUACAACAAAAUAAACUGUUUGAAUUUUU